CAGACGUCCUUUUUUCAUGAACUUGACCAGAAAUAAACAUAACCUUAACUAGUUCAGGCAAAGCGAAUAGCGAAUAGGAUAGCCUUCAAUUCUAGAUACUAUAGAAGUAAAUUGGACAAACAUGAAUUUAUUAGGAAAUUUUUCUAAGCUUUCAUGCUUUUCUCGGACUAUGCUACUUCCUCGAGUAUUCCUCAGCACAAGUCGAGCUCUGCAGGUGGAAGAGAUUAAUCCUCCAAGCAAUGAACCUCCUAUCCCAGCUUAUCAAGAGAAGUUUGGUGAACCCCUUAAGCUUAAGAGAGCAAGAUUGUUAUACCAGUCACGUAAAAGAGGAAUGCUAGAAAAUGGGCUUGUUUUGAGCACAUUUGCUGCUAAAUUUCUGAACACUAUGGAAGGAGAAAUAUUAGACCAGUAUGAUCGGUUGAUCAACCUUCCUACUAACGACUGGGACAUCUACUACUGGGCCACAGGGGUUAAGCCAACACCUUUGGAGUUCAACAAUCAGGUCAUGAAUAUGCUUAAAGAACAUGUGAAGAACAAGGACAGAGAGAGUCGCAUAAGGCAGCCUGAUCUUACAUUUUGAAGUGCAGUAGAAAUGUGAAUAGACUGUGAUGUUGUCUAGUUUUAGUUUUAAGAAAAGAUACAAGUCUUUCUAAAAGUGGUUAUGUAAAGAAUUAAUAAAGCUAUAUUGAAACAAA